AUGAAUCAGUGUGGCCACUAAGUAUGUCAAAAUACAUUUAUGAUUCUUAGUAAUUAAGAAAUGCAAAAAUUUGAAUUGCACAAUCCAAGAAUUAGGAAAUAAAAAUCCUAAAAAAAAGUGGCUUUUAUCUAUUAUUAAUAAUAGAUUUAAAGAAAAAUUGCUUAAUCUUUCUAAUUCAAAAUGCUAAAUCAUAGAAUCAGUAUUUGAUAUUAAAAUAAAAGAUUAGAAUCAAGCAAAUGUUACUCAAAAAUAGUUUAAUUAUAACACAAACAACUUUAAUCCUAGAUUUUUAAUUCUCUCUUUAGAUCCUUAUAAUUCAAUAUAUAAAUUGUAUGUAAUUUAAAUCUAUUGCAAACAAAAAAUUCAUUGUAUCUUAUAUUAUAAACACAAAAAGCUUAGGCGUAUUAUUUAAGAGAAUAAUUAAAAUGA